AUGUUCAAGAAAGUGAAGCACCCGGAUUUCAUUGUGGGGCACCGGCUGAAGGGUGCCAACACCAAGCGAGAUCCCUUGCUGGAUGAAAAGGUUGGCAGCAACAAACGAAGUCGGGAUGAAGAUGGUUCGUCCUCUGUGGUGUACAAAGAGACACUGGAGGAGAGGAAAGCGAGAUUAAAGGCUGAGAAGGAGGCUGAGAAGGAAUUGAGAGAUGCACAGAAAGGAAAGAAGAAACAGGCCUUGGGCCCAAGUAAGGCAAGCAUUCUUGGUUUGCCGGACGAGCAGGAGGAACAGGCAGAGGAAGCAGGAGCAACAGUGGAGCCGCCAGUUGUGGAGAAGCAGGCCAAGACAAAGGUCGUGAUGUCGCACAAAGACAUGAAGAACACCUUGGCCGACUUCAAGGAUCGGCUGAAGGGCUCGAAGCUGCCGGAGCAGGCGCAGGCCGCCGAGCUGAAGCACCGAGAGGAUCUGGAGCAAGAGACCCAGAAGGCGCUGGCGGCCAAUGAGAGAAAGAUGCAGGAGUUGAAGGGUCAAGCCCCCGACUUUGAUGAGAGGCUGACCAUGAAUGAGAUUUGGAAGGCUGGUGAAGGACGUGGCGAAGAGGACUCAGGCGAUUGGUUGGAAGGGCAAGGCUUGAAGUUCCACACCACUGCAGACAAGGCCUUCUCGAUGGCCAGCCAGCACUUCAAGGAUUCCAAUGUGGAGGUCGAGAACCGCGAGCUGGCUGCCUCCUUUGUGAAGAAGCAGAGCGAGCUGCGCAUGGCAGAGAUGCGGCGGAAGAUUGACCGCUCGUCGUUGCAGCCAUGCGUUGAUGGGCAGGGUGUCUUCUUUGCAAUGUUCCUCUUCGUGUUGACCACGUACUUGAUUUCCGAGAAGGCUGGCGAUCUCUACUCCAGCAGGAGGCAGCAGCUAGACUACUGGGGUGGGUGCACCAUGCAGGCGACCUCACGCCACUGCAAGGUCAAUGAUGUCAAGGACGUGCAUUCUCUUAUGACCUGGCUGGUCGAUGACUUUGUGCCACUCGCCUUCACCGACCGCACGGAGUACCCUUCUGUGGUGAAGUCCCCAUCGGUGUACCGUUUGCAGGAUGAGACCCCGCAUUGGACACCCCGCUAUGUUGGGGACACACAGACCUCCGUGCUCAUUGGCACCAUCCGCAUGCGGCAAGUGCGAGUACAGUACUACAAGGCCUGCAGCAUCCUCGAUGACCUGGCGUCCAUCGUCACGGAUUGCUUCGCCGACUUCUCCGAGGCGGUGCAGAGUACCAUGUCCUGGGCGCCCGCCUGGACGCCGCAGCACCUCAAGGAUCAUUACGAUUGGAAGAGUGCCUUUCUUACGGAGCAACGGCCGAUUGUCGGGAGGUAUGCGACCUAUCCGGGGGAUGGCUUUGUCAUGGACCUAGGCUUGAACCUCACUGGUGGGCAGACCAGGUUGCAGGAGCUUCAGUCCUGGUCAUGGCUCGAUGAUCGAACUCGUGCCUUCAUCAUCGAGCUAAACACAAUCAAUCCAAAUGUGAACAGCUUUGUCCACAGCAGGAUUCUUUUCGAGUUUCCUGCUGCUGGCGGUGUCCUAAUUCGACAGGAGGCUUUUCCCUUCAGAGCUGUGCAGCUGUCAUUGCCCGGAAGCCUGGAGGAGAGCGUACACACACACACACAGGCCCAACAACAAAGGCUGCUCCGACAAUGGUAUGCAGUGUAUUUGAUAUUGGUAUUGCAUGCGCGCGGUGCUGUUGUACACAUCGGUCCCAGAUGGUGGUUCGGGCGCAUACCUGCACACCACUAG